AUGACUCAUGUCAAUUGUUAGUGGAAAACUUGACAGAUGUGUGAGGUAUUCAGUUCUCCGGCUGCUAAUCGGGAUUGGUAAAGUGUAUUGAUCGUUUUCAUUACUGAAAUAAUAAAAGGGACUAGCAGUAUAAUAUCUCGAAAUGCCGGCUUAUCAUUCCCAAAUUCGUGAGUUUACAAACUGUAUUGGAAAUCUGGCCCUCUUACCAUUGCGCACACAAUUUCGAGGUCCGGCUCCACAAUCUAAUAUUGAAGGUGAUAUUAUUGAUGAGUCCAUAUAUUUCUUCAAAGCAAAUGUCUUCUUCCGAACUUACGAAAUCAAGUCCGAAGUUGAUCGGGUUCUGAUCUAUAUCACGCUGUAUAUAACGGAAUGUCUGAAGAAGCUUCAACGGUGUGCCAAUAAGAAUCAAGGUAUGCAAGAGAUGUAUAGUUUGGCAAUUUCUAAAUUCGACAUUCCUGGAGAAGCGGGCUUCCCACUAAAUGCUGUAUAUGCAAAACCAUCAUCACCCUCGGAAGCUGAUCUGAUGCGUCAAUAUCUUCAACAAAUCAGACAUGAGACAGGCAAUCGAGUUUGUGAGAAAGUUUUUUCUACAGAUGAUGGUAAGCCGAGUAAAUGGUGGCUGUGUUUUGCCAAGAAGAAGUUCAUGGACAAAUCAUUAACCGGGCCAGGACAAUAGAGCACACCAUAUUCAAUAUUUUUAUUAAAUUUACUUGUCGAAUAAAAUGAAUUAUAAUUUGAAUUUAAUGAAAA